AGCGUGGGGCGUCCAGUUCACCAAAGCAAUAACCAAACUUCCUUUAUUUUAUGAAUUCUCUCUUCCAUUCUUCCCUCAACCGAUUUCCCUUUCGUUUCAAGCAACCUCCGCCGCCGCCAUCGCCGCCACUGGGCACCUUUGCAGCCCUGCUCUACCCCUUCCUCCGGCCACCUGGAUUUGUGACGGUGUUUUGCAAUGGGGAAUAAUUGCCUUGGGAGUAAGACGAAAUCGACGGCGGAGAUUGUGCCUCAGGAGUUCAUUAGAGGCUGUAGCGAUUCCACGGCUUCGAAUUCGGUCGUACGGCUUUAUGGCCCUCCGAAUAAUGCUCUUACCUGCUACAUCCGAUUUGCUUUGCUUUACAAGUCUGUGAAACACAGUUUUAUACCUUCCGAGACGACGCAUUUCGGCUCUGAUUCGCCGGCUAUUCGGAUCGGGACCGAGACCGUUUCCGGUUCACGCGAUAGGUUGCUUCGGUACAUAGACAAUAAGUUUCCUCACCCGCCGCUGGCAAUAUCGAGCCGCCGCGUCGACGAUGACGAAACGACGCAGUUGGUUGCGUUGACUGUGGUGUCGCUGCAGCAUAAGAGCGUGUUGUGGCAUUUGGAGAGGAUGUUGAGAUGGGCGAAGGAUCUGGCGGCGCGUGGAGGGAGAACAGCCGUUGAUCCGACGAUGGGAACACCGAGGAUGGAGCUAAGGAAAUUCGGGAAGAGCUACUCUCAGCUGCUGGAAGUGAUGCUGGAGCACGCUCAAAUGGAGGAGAGAGUCCUCUUCCCGAUCUUGGAAAUGGCCGAUCGAGGAUUAUGCAAAACUUCAAACGAAGAGCAUGCAAGGGAUCUACCCAUCAUGAAUGGCAUCAAAGAAGACAUUAAGUCCACUGUCGUUUUAGACGUGGGAAGUUCAGUUUGUCAAGAAGCGCUUUCCAACCUUUCCAAACGGCUCAAGUUAUUGCAGGAACACUGUAAACAUCACUUCAUGGAAGAAGAGAAAAAUCUGCUGCCUUGGUUUGAGGCCGUAGAGCUGAACAAAGAACAGCAGGACAAAACAUUAGAGCAGCUCUUGGAUGUGAUGAAACAAACACAUUCACAUUUACUAAAUUUCUUUCUUGAAGGUCUUCUCCCUCUGGAAGCUCUGCAGUAUUUGGAUUUGAUUACGAGCAGCAGCGACAAAAUCCGAACGAGCUUGGGCACUAUGCUCCUGAUGAAUGUUGAGUAAGAUCAAAAAUGUGUAUAGUUUUUUUUUUUCUUUUUCUUUUCUAGAUUGGAUUGGCAACAUCCUUUUGUCAACAUGUCAUAAUGGGUGUGUUCUUUGUUUGGCAUCUUGUUUUAGUUUGUUGGAGAUGGAAGUAUAGUCAUUUAUUGCAUAUUUUUUAGCAUAGUGAUUGGCCCUCAUAGUAGUGUGUGCCACACAAAUGAAAAAAGAAAAGAAGAUAAGUAAUGUUUGUGAUUGUAGACCUUGAGACUCAUAUUUAGACCAUUGAUGUCUUUUUGUUUACAUAUUUACGUACUAUGUAGAUGUUUGACGUCCA